GAGUUUUCAAUGCCAAUUGUUGACAUGAACUCAAAUCAGAAAAUAUCAGUAAAUAAUAAAAAUCCAUUGUGUUCAGUUGCCUUUCAUUGUGAGAAUUUGGUUCUUUCAAAAAAGUCUUCAAGGGUGUGCACACUUUUGCAAAAAAACGGUUGUCUUUGUCUUUUCUUCCCCUCUGUAUAGGAGACAUUCAUGCUGGAAAUGAUGUCAUUUUUGUAGAUAUUGCACGACCCGAGAAUAGCUUCAAUGGGCCGGCGAGUCGUUUGGUAAGUUCGUGAGCGGAUUGGGUGGGAUAGGCUCACGUUACAAGAGCCAAGAGAGACACCAACGUCCCGGGUGUCGAGUUGCACGCGAUUCUUUGAUUAUUCAGGUGAGGCAGUCACGGCGCAAAGACGUCGUAGCGGUCCCGUUGGCACUCGUCGCCUCUGGUCCUGCCUCUCAGAAACGACAAAAGCUACACCUGCUCUCUGAUGAUCUCCACCACGUCAAGCACGGCCAACAUGGUGACGCAAGGAAAACUGGAGAUGAACUCCACGGACAAUGUCCAAGAUAAAACCUCCAGCGGGCUGGGCUGCUUCGGCUGGAUUUUGGUGAUCAUUUCGCUCCUCUUCAUUGGGGCCACCUUCCCGCUCACACUAUUUAUGUGUGUCAAGAUAGUGAAGGAGUACGAACGAGCCGUCAUCUUCAGGCUGGGUCGAAUCGCUGACAGGAAAGCCAAAGGGCCCGGGCUUUUUUUUGUUAUACCCUGCACGGAUAACUUUGUGAAAGUGGACCUGAGAACCGUGUCCUUUGACAUCCCACCUCAAGAGAUCUUGACCAAGGACUCGGUGACGGUGUGCGUGGACGGCGUGGUGUACUUCCGCAUCCAGUGUCCCAUCUCGUCGGUGGCCAACGUAACCGACGCGCACUCGUCCACGCGGCUGUUGGCUCAGACCACCCUCAGGAACGUGCUGGGCACCAAGAACCUGGCCGAGGUUCUGUCCGACAGGGAGGGCAUCUCGCACAACAUGCAGGAAUCCUUGGACGAAGCCACCGACGCCUGGGGCAUCAAAGUGGAACGAGUGGAGAUUAAAGACGUCAAGUUACCUCAGCAGCUGCAGAGAGCCAUGGCGGCCGAGGCGGAGGCCAGUCGGGAGGCCCGGGCCAAGAUCAUCGCCGCCGAGGGCGAGAUGAAGGCGUCCCGCGCCCUGAAGGAGGCCUCGCUUGUCAUCUCCGAGUCUCCGUCCGGCCUUCAGUUGCGCUACCUGCAGACGCUCAACAGCAUCGCCGCAGAGAAAAACUCAACCAUCGUCUUCCCGCUUCCCAUCGACAUGCUGCAGAGCUUCAUGAGGAAGUGAGCAACUUUAAAGCAGCGGGAAAUGAACGUUCAUCCCCAGCAACAAAGUUCACAAGCCGGUGUAUCCCGCAUAGCAUGUGAUUCUGUUAGCCGCGAGCUGACUUUUGUUUUGAUAUGAUGCAGUGCAGUCUUUUAUUUCAUACACAAUUUCCACUCAGCUUAUCGACUGUCAAUCAAAAAUAGAAGUAAAUAUGUACUAAAAAGUU